AAUCUUGUUCAAGAAUCGAAUGUCCAAUGGGCAAGCACUGUCUCCUGGACCAGAAUCUCAGGCCGCACUGCGCCGCUUGCCUCCGUCGAUGUCCGAACUUCCCGGAUGGUGGUACCAAGAGGGUGGUGUGCGCCGUGGAUGGUAAGACGUACCCUUCUGCGUGCCAUUUGCGAUCUGCCGCGUGCACGGCCGGUAGGGCGAUACCAAUCGUAUAUCGAGGACCUUGUAAAGCCAACGCCACCUGCAGCACGAUCCGCUGUCGGCCUGGUGAGCGCUGCCUGCGAGACCCUACGCGCGCGGGUGCGCCCCGUUGCGCCCAGUGCACCCCUGCCGCGUGUCGCGCGCGCCACUGGCGAGGUCUCGCCGGUGGCACCGUCUGUGGCACCGACCGCAUCACGUAUGCCUCAUGGUGCCAUAUGCAGCAAGCGGCGUGCCGUAAAGGCGUCGUGGUGGAGACCAGGCAUGUAGGGCAGUGUGCGCCUAGCUUGACCAAGAAGAAAAUGGCUGGGAAGGGUCGGGGGAAACAUUGUCUAAUCGCUUUAGGCGUAGUCAAAAAGUUUUCGAGAGAAAUUUGA